AUGAAAAUUAUUGUUCUCAGUCAUUACGCCUGUUCGAAAUCGAAAGUCCAAGAACAUACGCAAUGUCGUCUAUUUUUAGUAACUUGUCAUACUAUUCACACUCACGAAAGACAUUAUUCAAAGUCACUCUGUUGAUGUUUGAUCGAGAAGUAGCUGUUGGGAGUUAAGACAUCUAUUUCUAGUCAUCGAGUGAAUGAAUUUUCAGUCAUGACAAUAUCUUUCUCAAGCCAUAAUGUGUAUUUGGAGUAAGCAGUGCUAGAAUCCGCAUCAUACUGUCGAUUUUAAGUCACCUAUGGCCUGUUCCUACUCAUACAGAUUGCUAUCUGCAGUCAUUGUGUUGAUAUCAAGCGGAAAAUGUCAUUUUAGCACUCAAACUGACCAUUUCCAAUCACAAAAUGAGAGUAUUUCCAGUCAUUAUCUCUCUAUCAAACCUCGCCAAAGUGAGGCCAAAUGUGCUUAAAUAGAUUCGAAGUAUCCUCUCUCCAUCCAUUUCCAAAAUCAACUCGAAGUCAAACAUCCGAAACAAAACCGCCAAACACGAAUUACAUCAAGCCAUUUGCCAAGCAGUAUUACCACCGCCAUUUUGUAUCUCAAACCUUUUUCAACGCUACCAUCAACCUAAACCGCUUCACUUUACCCCUGUCCACCCUCUACGAUAUCAACGUCUACCGUAACAUCGAAUCGAGCCAAGUAAAUUGCUGCAUUGCCUAUUGCCUCCAAUUUAACAUCACAAAUCUUGAACAGGAUUAAAACUUCCCACAGCCACUUAGUCCUCAUCAGUCAAGCAUCUAGACGUGACGAUGACUUCGGCAGGUUUCAACGGAAAACCUGAUUGGCAACGGCUUGAGCGUGGAAACGUAUAUUUGUGGACCAAUGAUGAGGAUAAGGUCUUGUGGAAUGAAAGUAUGAAGCUUGCAGGAGGUGGCAUUCCCGAGACUCUGAAGAAAGAGGAUUGUGAAAAAUUGGUUGCUGCUUUCAAUGGAGAACAGAGAAGACAUCGUCAGAAUGACACUUGGCCACCCAGAUCGGUGAAUGCAUCAGUAGUGCAGAGAAGAUAUCGUAAAUUGAGCGCAAUCGCUAAAGCACACGGAGGGGACCCUUUCUGGGAAGGCCAUAACGGUUACAAGCCAGCGCGCAUACCUAUCAUACCGGGCACAGAAAGAGGAGUAGCGAGGGACAUCAAUAGAGGGGAUAAUCAAUAUGAUAAUAGCUUCGAGGAGAGUAUGGACUCGAGGAAUUAUCCCAUGGAGCCUCCUGUGGACGCACCAUUCGCUAAGACUUAUUCCGAAGAACAAUAUCAACAAGGCGACAGGUAGAAGAACAGCCUGUACACAUAAAGCCCACCGAAACUGCCCCUUCACGACGACCAUUACUGCAACACACGAUGGGAUCGUAGGAUACUCAGGAACCAUGUGCAAUAAGUAUUUCUUCUAUUAUUUCUUUUUUUUUGUCCCGGUUACCAGUUUCUGGUGUGAGAAUUCAAUUGGGAGUUCUAACGGAGCUUAGAUACCCUUCUCGUUGGAUUCCUCGUUACUUCUUUUAUUGGGCUUUAUCAAUGAGGUUUUCGUUGACCGAAGAAUCCCCUAUGUGUUUGUUUUCUUAGGAUACCCCAAACCGGGAGUAUCAGAUUUUUAUUUAUUUAAAAGAGCCAUCUGGCCCUAAAAGACCAGGGUGGUUGUUUCUCCCAGAUAUGCUCUCACUCAUUCGAGAUAUUUGGCAUUGUCAUGGAUAUUAGAAAAAAGUUUUGCUCAGCACUUGUUCUUAAAUAGACUAGAAUUGCAAACAAAUUGCAGCCACUUGGUAGAAGAGUUAUACUGCAUGUGAAUGUGAUAUAUUCGUGCCUAUGAUGUUCAACAGGAAGCAAAUCGACGGGUUACUAAGGGAAUCUUAUUGCAUGCUCGAUCGAUAUCGACGGAUUUGCAACUGUUGGUGAUUAUAAACAACUUCCAGACUUCUCAGACCUCAUUCGUUCAUACAUUAUUAGCCUGUUAAAGACCAGGAGCUUAUCAGCUCUAAUUCAACACUGUAAAAACGUACAUCGUAGAAUUAUAUCAAGUAUAAUAUCGUAUUGUAUGUCCAACAACCCUUAUUUGUCAAUGGACAUUAAGAUGUUGGGAACAAAUUGGUCGAUAUUGACCUCUGCAAGUGGAACGGGAUCUUGCUCGUUUCGGUGCCGACCGAGGAGUGUGAUAGGUUGUGGCCGACCUAACAAUUAUGGAAGACCAAUCGCCGAAGUGUUACCAAGCUCAUGCCAUGAUCGCCGCUGAGUAAUGUAAGUGCUCCGGCAGUCUCCACGAAGUCCCCACGAAGUCCCCAUUAUUCUUUACAACAGCCACAUGGGGUUUAGAGUGAAGUAUGUGAACAAACCAAUCCAGCGGCAUUUCAGGGCUAGUAGUAGAAACUGGUAUAUAGUCGAUCACCUAUCUUGAGAAGCUGCAAUGGUGACAUCUCGAUUCUCAGUUACACUAGUUGACAUUACGAGUUGGUAAUGAAAAUCUUCUCGAUGUGAUUCUGGGCCGCUCAAUAGGGCUGGAGCACUGUAGUAUGAAAAUCCAUGGUAAAUACUUCCACCAGUAGAUUACUACCAUUUGCCUUGCAAAGCUAUUAGGUGAUGAUCGUGCAAUGUGGAUAGGUAGAUCAGUUUUCUAGAGUAAAUCCAGACCCAAAAGCUAGAUCCUAUGGGCUGAGAAAUGAUGAACGGAAGAACAUUAGAAACUUUCGGUCCCAUUCAUAUAAUUAAAAAAAAAAGUUGCGCUGUAAGUCUGACAUUCUGACAUCACACCAAGGAACUUGCCAUGGGGGAAGGACACAUGGCACAAUUAAGGAUUCGUGGUGGAGUUAAAAGUAUUAUAGUGCUUCGCCCGUGGAGCCGCCCCCUUCACCAUAUUGAUAUCAGGAUUCAGUGCAGCACCGAAAAGGUGGUACAUCUGAGUCCAAUUAGAAGUGGACUCUGUCUGACUUUGAUGUAUUCGUAUGAUGUUUCGUACUCGUAUUCAAACUUCAAAGUUUUUAGAAUUGAGUUUUCAUGCAUGCGGCAAGAGCACAACGAUGAUGUGUUAUAUCGUGAGGAUGAGGAUGAGGAUGUGAGGACAGGAUGGGUUGUACGAAAACGCUGUUGAAAAAUGCCCAUUUCACUCAAGGUUGUGUGACACCGCUUUCAUUCUCCAACUAAUCAGGUCAUUUUGCCAUGGAUGCGUUAGCCCUAAACGAAUGAGAGACGAGAUA